GAAGAAUUAGUAAAUAAUUACUUGAUCAGUGACAACAAUUUGUUGCCCACACUGAUUUACCUGGCUUGAGGUGAGGGUGCCACACAAAUGUAAAACAUUUACAUGCAGAGUAAUUCUCCAUGCAGCAUGUUCACUAAUUAAACAUAGUUCUGCAAUAGAUUCUUUUGGAUAUUCACAAAAUUCACUUCUAUUUUCAGACCUGCCAAAGCCUGAAUCUCUCAGUUUCUUUGACAUUCAGCCGAGGAGAGCUCGUGUCUCAUGGACUUUUAGUGGUAGCUGGGUGUGGGAGUUUGUUGUAGAAACAAAACCUUACACAAUGAUGGUACAUAUCCCAGGAUACCAACUAACUACAGAGCUCCUCCACCUAAAGCCAAACACCUCUUACGAAUUCUCUAUCAGUGCACGGGAGUCUGGGCAGAGUAUGUCUGUGACCGGAUUUCUAACCACACCGCCAGACUCGGUGCGGUUGAGCGGUGGUCCAGGCCGGUGCUCUGGUUCUCUGGAGGUGCACACAGACCAGUUGUGGAGCUCAGUGUGUGCAGAGGGCUUUGGUCAGACUGAGGCUGAAAUAAUCUGCAGGGAACUGGAUUGUGGAGGAGUGUCUGACCUCCAGGGGGCGCUGAUUACAGAGGGAUCUGUUGUGGGGAGGUCCUUUCACUGCAGUGGAGCAGAGGCAGCACUGAAGGACUGUGAGAGCUCUGAGACGCUCUGCUCAGCUGCUGCCAACAUCACCUGCACAGAUGAUGUUACGUUGUGGCUCAAUGGACGUCUCUGUCAUGGUUUCCUGCAUCUGAGACACCAGGACGAAUGGAGAACAGUGGCGACUUCAGUCCAAGAUUUGGACUUGGACUUUGGC